AUGCCGACGAGGCAUAGCAAACGGACCAGGGGUGCGUGCGCGCAGUGCGUUCGGAAGAAGCGCAGAGUAUGUCUUACCUCGACCAUUAUUGGUGACGACGCUAUCGCCACAUACGCUCAUCUGGUCUGCGACCUCGAGGUCUUCAAGAUAUGGACACCCGAAGAACCCGAGAAUCAGGAACCAGGCAUGCAGAAGCAUGCUUCUAGCAGCCGAACAGUAGAGAGACAACGCUUAGUUUCUGAUUCAACGGCCCUUUGCACAGCUGAGGUCCCUUCAGAGACUCACAACGACGAUCCUCUGACCGGAGAUCCAACCGGUGACCUGUGGCUCGUUACCGGCCACACGGGUGAUCGUGGGUUUCCGGGGUCCAAUCUUCCUGGCCGUCAAGAUGUCAACAAUGGCGAUCAUCACUUUGAGACCCUUUUCAUAGACGAAAACGCCAUUGAGAAUGCGGAGUUGUACGGAGAGUCGGCUUCAAACGACGCACUACUUCCUGCCUUCGACGACAUAGAAGUCGAUACGCAGCUCCUGGACUCUCUAGACUUGAACAACGCAAUGGACUCCGCCUUGGAUGAUCUUGCAAUAAAUUGCGUCUUGGAUGAUUUUGCAAUGAAUACAAGCUUGGUCUCUUGGAGCCCAAUGACUGGGAAUCGCCGAGGUUCCUUGCACGACUCUACAUCAAUGACUCACUGUCCAAUGCCUUGGCCGCCGGACAUGCUUGCAUCACCCGAGAAACGUUUUCUCUGGCAGUAUUUCUUGCACAUAACGAAAGAUGGACUUUUGUGCCUCGAUGAGAAAGAAUUAUCCAGGUUCCAUGGAUCCCAGGACCCUUUCAUAGCCACUAUCCCACAAAUGGCAAUUUGUGACGAAAGCUUACGGAGCUCGAUUUUCUGUUUCGCUGCGUUUCAGUACAACGCCAGCCAACAUGGCGGCGACUUCCAGCAGCUUGUGAGGGAUUGUUCGAGAAAGGCUUCUUUAGCCUUGAAAGCUCAACCAUACUCUGAUCAAUCUUGGAGCCAAAGCUGGACUCUACAUGUAUUCUCAAAGAUUGCCUGUGGGAUAUUUCUGCACCACUUUGGCCAGGGUGAUACUGAAACCUCAGAGUAUUUGGACUCUGCAGGCGCGCUUGUCGCCGGCUUCUACAAACGCCCGCAGUCCUUCUCGAACCUUCUCUCACCAAUUGUUCAGCUUGUACUCUCUAUGCUGCGAUGGACUGUCAUAUCAACGGUAUGCUCGUUCCAGAGUUCUCAGACACUGACGAACAAUAAGAUCUACCAAUAUUUGGAGAUGCGAGAAGAAGAGGUUGCUCAUAACUAUUCGCCCUCCUUUCGCGAUUGGCUGAAUCACCCGAUAUACGCAUUUUCUCCUCGUCUCGUCAACCCUCUUCUUCGUCUGGCCAAGCUUCUUGACAUCCAAAAGUCUCAGUGGGCCGUCAAUCAGUAUAGUUGGUCGGAUAAAACCAUGGGAAAUGAAAUGAUUCAGCUUGAAGAAGAACUGCUGAUGGCCAGAGAUGUCGACCUGGAUCGCUGUCAAACACACACUGCAGAUCCGAAGGAGCUCCGUUCUCUGAAUGAAGCCAUGCAUGCAGCAACAUUUCUCCUGUUCUACGUACGCCUCAAAGGUAUGCCAUUCACGGCUCCUCUGGUACGCAAGAAGGUGCAGGUUAUCGUGUUUGAGGUUGGGAAAAUUCCUGUCGCAUCUCGCGUUUCUCAUGCCGUUCUAUUCCCACUCUUCAUCGCUGGCUGCGAAGCCGUCGAGGAACAGGCUCGGAGAGCCAUUUUGGAAAGGUUGCGGACACCGAGGGGGCUCACGUAUAAUCGAAAAGACGUAUGCUUGUCGUUGGAGCAUGUAUGGCAAGUACGAGAUCUAGACCCUGGACUCAGGUGGCCCGACUGGUUCUACAAAUUGGAUCCGGACUUCUGCAUUAAUUCACUAUUCUAG